UGCGUGUACGGUAAUGUCAAUGUUACCAGAAAAAACUAUCUCCAUCUGUAUAGUGUCUACACAGCAUUUAUAUUAAAUCUUUUCCCGCUUGCCUGCUAAUAAAAGCGACAAAAGUUAAUAAAUUUAAAAUCUUUGGAACUUAAAAAAGGGGUGGUUUUAUUCAAGUUUCGAUCUCUUGAUAUAAAUCACUCAAACUGAAAUCGAUCGACCGAAAUACAAUGUGGUCCAUAUUUGGCAAGAAGAAAAAGACAGCCCAAGACGUAUUGGAGGAGAAGAAGAAAAGGCUUGAUAAAUGUAGGGCUAAAAUAGAGAAGCAGAGGCAAGGUUUUCUGGAUCAUGAGAAGGAACUGUUAGCAGAGAUUAAGAAAGAAGCCGAACAAGGGAAUAUGGAUAUUGCUAAGAUAAAGGCAAGAGAAGUAGUCAUGACACGACAUCACAUCGAGAAAUUUAACAAGCUUGAAUCAACACUGCAGGGUGUUUCACUUAAGACUCAGGCAAAACCCAGUGAGCCAAAAACUCGAGAGACAAAAGGUGAUGGCAUUAAAGGAGACAUGAUAAGCUAGGUCCUCGAUGAGAUUGGAACUAGCAUCAACCCAAAGGCGGUCUUUCAUUGGUCCUUUUAAUCUUUCAGCAUUUGAUGCAAGUUGCAACACUUUUCCAGUGUCUAUAACUUUUGAUUCUAAAAAUUAGUCACUUGCUAAUUAUGUGUCCGUUCAACUUAUUGAUGAUAUUGAUUUGGUCAGACGAUUCUCACAAAGGGCUUUCAAUUCA